AAUAUGUUUCGGCUGUUUUGGUCAAAAAGAACCGAUGGCCGCCUCACCUUAAGAUACAUUUGCUUCGAUAUAGCGUAUGUAGCGUGAUUGUUCCUCUUUAUUAAUCACGUAAGGUUUUGUUUUCAAGCAGUUUUAAUCAUAAAUAUCGCCAGUGGCUUGUAUUUUCUUGUCUUGGGCGACUUGAAAAACACUGAUGAGGAAGCUACCUUGCUAACGAUGCUAGCCAACAAUCGUUUAUUAGUUCCUAACUAACAUUGUCACAUGGGCAGCUAAUGACCGAUACUAUGAUAAAAGUCUCCAGUCGAUGAGAAGUAUGAUAUAUGUUUGCGAUGUCCCGCAGUAUAACGUAAAACAAAGAACUCGGUUAGCCUUUGUGUCCCAACGUAACGCUAGCUAACGACUGGCUGCCAGGGAGUAAUCAAUACGUGUCAUUGAAAUGGAUCCGAGCGGCAAAUCUGUUGGCAACGACGACAUUGUUAUAAUCGUGGAGAACGAGGCGGAGAGUUUGCCCCUCGGGGAACAGAGACCGAAGCCGCCAGGCGCCUUCGGGCUCAUGGACACAUGUCCCAUCUGCAAGUUGAGCUUUCACAACCGAGAGCCCAAACUGCUGCCUUGUCUUCACUCGUUCUGCAAGCGAUGCCUGCCCGCACCGUUCAGGGGCGUCGAACCCAGGCGGGACCACUCCCUCCACCCUCUGGGUCAAGUGGACAACAACAAGCAACUGGGUACCAUCCGCUGUCCAGUAUGCCGCCAGGAAUGCUGGGAAAUGGACAUGUUGGACAAUUUCUUUGUCAAGGACUUGGCCGAGGUGCCAAGCAGCACCAUGGAGAAAAACAACCAGGUGUGUAUGAGCUGUGACGACAACACAGAGGCAACGGGCUACUGUUUGGAGUGCAUGGAGUUCUUGUGUGUGACCUGUAUUGAGGCGCACCAGCGGGUGAAGUUCACCAGGGAUCACACGAUACGCCAAAAGAAGGAAAUGUCUCCAGAAGCAGUAGCUGUUUCCACGCAGAAGCCCGUUUUUUGUGACAUCCACAAGCAGGAGCCACUGAAGCUUUUUUGCGAGACUUGCGAUCGACUCACCUGUCGAGACUGUCAGCUGCUCAAACACAAGGAUCACAACUAUCAGUUUUUGGAGGAUGCCUACAAGAACCAUAGACAGUAUCUGGAGAACAUGACGCAACAGUUGCAGGAAAAAAGAAAGGCCAUUGAGGAUGUCUCCAACUGCAUCAGAAAUGGACUGCAGCAAGUUGAAGAAAACCGGAAGUCUGUAACGAAUGAAAUCAAGAAGGCCAUCUGCAACCUAAUUAUGGAGAUAAACAGGAAGGGGAAGGUUUUGGCUAACCAGCUUGAGUCGCUUACUAAAGAUCACGAGCUGGGUCUGAAAAAGCAGCAGGACGAAGUCAACUUGCUGCGCCGGCAACUGGACCACGUGAUCAGUUUCACCAAGUGGGCCACUGCCAGCCACAGUGGCACAGCGCUCCUCUACUGCAAGAGACUGAUUCUAUUCCAGAUCCACUAUCUGAUGGGCGCCAGAUGCAAUCCCUCCAUCAUCCCUCAGAGUUCUGUCCGCUUCCAGUGUCGCUCUGGUUUCUGGGCCUCAAAUGUAGACCUUGGUUCUCUGGUGGUUGAACGAAGCUCGGUACAGCCGCUCAUUCCCAACCAACAGGCAGGACCCAGAGGAGAGGCGCCGAACGGGCCGCUGUCGUUAUCCGCUCAGCAGCGCCAGAGCACGCUGGCCCAGCUGCAGAUGCAGGUUGACAAAAUUUCCCAGCAGCCCCACAGGCAGGCCGCAUCCAACCAUUGGUCCUGGUAUCAGAAUGCCCGGCUCCCCGGACCCCACGGACCCCCUGUACCCCCUGGACCCCCUGGACCCCCUGGACCCCACGGACCUCCACCCCCGAACAGACCAAUCCAAGGAGGCUCCUCCCCUUCCCAAGGCCUCAGCGGCUUGACGCAGAUGGGACGCCGAUACGGGAACGCCCAAGCCAACAUCAGAAGUCCCAACUCGUCAAUGCUGCAGAACACUGCGUUCCCGCCUCCUCAGUCCCUCCGAGACAUGCUCAAUACCUGUAGCUUCCCUUCCAAACCCAUGGAUAUAUCACAGGGCACUUUCCGCUACCCGCAUCCCGUGUCCGCUGGAGGGGCCACGCACGUACAACCGAACCAGCGGAACCUGUCAGAACUUUCCUACCUAAAGAGGACUGAAGCCGGCGGUCCGGUGCCCACCGUUAGCAUCGCGCUCGCGAGACCCAGCUUCACUUCGAGCCAAUCCUCAACAGCCGCUGACAAACCGGUUCAAGGAAAGCAUAAUUCGCCCAUGGUUAAGUCAUCAUCUUCAGAGCGCACCGGAGGGCCGGCGUCCUGGAAGCCAAAUACUGAGACGUCGUCGGCUCCCUCGGCCAAGCGACGGAGAAGGUCGUCCCCUGGGCCCGUUAUCAUCAUCAAGGACGAACCGGAGGAUGAGGACGAAGUUCGUUUCGUGCAGUCCAGCCUUCCCGACAGCAGCACGGGGGCCUGUCCCACGCUCCAGCUCAAGAUCGGCCCCCCUUUCUCCACCCACCAAUCUGACUCCGACCAGGCGAGGGAGCCGCGCCCUCAGCCCGGCGCGCAGCCCGAAUCCGAGAAGAGCGCCCUCGCGGAAGACGACCCCAACGAAGACUGGUGCGCCGUGUGCCAGAACGGAGGAGAGCUGCUGUGCUGCGACAAGUGUCCCAAGGUUUUCCAUCUGUCCUGCCACAUCCCCGUGCUCAGUGAGUCACCCAGCGGCGCGUGGUUCUGCUCCUUCUGCCGAGACCUGGUCUCCCCUGAGAUGCAGUACGAAUGCGACAACAAGAACACACAGGAGCCAGAAAGACUGCCACCUGUUGACCAAAGGUCAUGUGAGCGGCUGCUUCUACUUCUCUUCUGUAAUGACUUCAGCACUCACUUCCAUCACACGUCGGAGUCCAAAAGAUGCAAAGAGGUUAUCACGAAACCAGUGGAUUUAUCUCUUGUGAAGAGGAAGCUGGAGUGGAAAGCAAGCGACGGGGAAGCUUACCGCACUCCUGAAGAGUUUGUUGCAGACGUGAGGCUCAUAUUCAUGAAUUGUGCCAAAUACAAGGUGAACAAAGAAGUGAUCAGUGCCGGAUUGUACUUGGAAGACUACUUUGAGGAGCAGCUGAGGCUGGUGUACCCCAACAAGAUUUUUCCCGGCGGAAGGGAGGAAGGUAUGAUCCCACCGCUGGAGGACGAGAUUGACGACGAAGAAGAGCAGCAGCAAGAGCACGAGCAGCCGGCGCAGGAAAGCGCGGCCCCCCCGGAGGACGACAAAACAGUCAGUCCUGCGAAGAACACUAUCCUACCCGCGGAGGGGAACGCGCCUCCUCCCGAGGAAGCCGCAGAAGACGAGUUAAAAACGAAGGAGCAGGCGACCGACAUGAGCAAGAUGGGGACAGACGCGAAGGUGGCGACUGAAGAUGGAGGAGGGCCCCUUUCUGAGAACAAAGUCAAGCAGGAGGAUGAAACAGCUCCUCCUGAAGAGGUCAAAAACUCUGGAGUUGUGGAUAAGGCACCAUCCCCAAAAGAGGAAAACACCCCCUUUCCUCACGAGCAGACUUCUGACCAGACUUCUGAUGUAACGGAAAGCCAGGAGAGCGCACCGGAAAAUGUCCCCGAUGAAGAAAAAGAGGAGCAAGCAGCAGGUGGGAUGGAUUGUAACAGUCAGGAAGUGUAGGAAAAAAGAAGGCUGACGUCGUCUUCCACUUUUGCAAUAGGAACCAAGAGGCCCGCGCUCGACUGAACAGACAUUAUUUAAUACACACCGGAGUCUCUCCAUGAGCUCCUUUUCGAGAUUCGGCAGGGUGGACGUUUUACAUGUAUUUUAUGUAAUCAUGCCUCAGAUGUCAAUGACCUCCCUCAACGACGGAUCUCUUUCAUUCUGAAGGUUGAACGCAGGCAGUCAAAACAAUAUAGCCCUGCGCGCGCAUGACGAGUCCUCCUUUCUGUUUUGUAGCUCAUGUUUCUUUGUUUUAGUGCAAUGGGAUUUCUUCUUAUAUCAGUAAUGUAUUAAUGACUAUAUGCUGUAUGCUAUGAGCCACUGUCGCUUCUGUACAGAUGGAAGUGUGUCCAUUUAAACAACCUGUUUUGAUGAAAAAAAAAAAAAAAUUGUGUCUUAUCUGCUCUCUUAUCACCUAUGAGCUCAUCAAGCUUUUUUUUAAAAUUUUUUUUAUAUAUAAUCAAA